AUGAAACCCUGUGAAGAUAGUCAAUGUGGAAAAGUUCUCAACUAUAAGCCAGCCCAUAUUCAGUCUAAGAAAGUUCAAGCUAGGGAGAAACCCAAUGUUUGUAUUGUGUGUGGGGAGGGAUUUAUCAAGAAGUCAUAGCUGACUAUACAUGAAAGAAUUCAUACCAGAGAGAAACCACAUGUAUGUGGAGAUUGUGGAAAAGGUUUUAGUGAGAAAUCACACCUUAUUGUGCAUCAGCGGAUUCAUACUGGGGAGAAACCUUAUGAGUGUACUGAGUGUGGGAGAGCCUUCUCCCAGAAGUCACCCUUUAUUGUACAUCAGAGAGUUCAUACUGAGGAAAAACCUUAUGAAUGUUUUGAGUGUCGAAAAGCCUUCUCCCAGAAGUCACAUCUCAUUAUACAUCAGUGAGUUCAUACCAGAGAGAAAUCAUUUGGAUGCAGUGAAUGUGGGAAAGCCUUCUGUGAGAAGUCUUGCCUUUUUAUACACCAGAUAAUUCAUGCUGGGGAGGAACCCUAUGAAUGUACUGAAUGUGGGAAGACUUUCCCUCAGAAGACACAGCUCAGCAUAUAUCAGAGAACAUAUACUGGAGAGAAACCCUACAAGGGUAGUUGAUGUGGGAAAACCUUCUGCCAACAGUCUCACCUCAUAGGACAUCAAAGAAUUCAUACAGGAGAGAAACCUUAUGUAUGUACUGACUGUGGGAAGGCCUUUUCUCAGAAGUCACACUUUAGUGGACAUUAACGACUUCAUACUGGAGAGAAACCUUAUGUAUGUACCGAAUGUGGAAAAGCCUUUUCCCAGAAAUCGCCUCUUAUUACACACCAAAGAAUUCAUACUGGGGAGAAACCCUAUGAGUGUAUUGAAUAUGGCAAAACCUUCUCCCAGAAACCAUACCUCAUUAUUCAUCAGAGAACUCAUACAGGGGAGAAACCCUAUGAGUGUACUGAGUGUGGGAGGACCUUUUCCCUGAAGUCACAUCUCAUUAUACAUCAGAGAGUGCAUACGGGAGAGAAACCAUAUGAAUGCAGUGAAUGUGGGAAAGCCUUCUGUGAGAAGUCCCUACCUGUUACACACCAGAGAACCCGUACUGGGGAGAAACAUCCUGAAUAUGCUGAAUACGGAAUGUCCUUUUCCCAGAAAUCACAGAUGAUUACAUAUCAGAGAAUACACACUGGGGAUAAACCCUUCAAAUGCAGUGACUGUAAGAAAGCCUUCUGUCAGCAUUCAGACCUCAUAGUGCAUGGGAAAACUCACACUGAGCAGAAAUCGUAUGGAUAUGUUGGAUAUGGAAAAAUGUGGUACCGUCUCAACUGUAGAAUAGACUCAUAUGUUCCUCAGUAUGUCUGAUAACCCCUCCAUGGAAUGAUCUAUUCAAGCUCCUGGAGUGUUUUCAGCACUGUAAAUAUGGAAUGGAUGUACUCACCCUUAAUGUGCUCACCGUUAAAGUUAUCUUAUCCCUCUUCACAGAAUAAAUGUGUCUGAAACAAUUUUUCACCUCUUUGGUGUCAUCUAAUCCUUAAAGGUUUUGUAGGAUGCUGUGAACUUAUUUGGGCAUGGUGGAUUUUUUUGAAAGGUAUUUCCUUGUCAUCUUUCUCAUUUUUUUCACCAUAUUUUGUCUUUUUAGAUUAUAUAUGUAUUCAUAUUUAUAUAUUUGUAUGAUAUAUGCAUUUCUUGUUAUUUUCUUUAAUAAUCUAU